CACCAGUUCUCUUAUACCAUGGAGCAGCAGCCAUACCAGUACUGAAUUUCACUACACUUCUUCAUCCAGUGUCGCAGUAACUUCUCAGUGGUAUAGAUCGUUAUUGGAUCCACGUACACUCUUUGAGAAUGAAAAGAACGUGGAUUGGUGUUUUUGGAGCUGUGCUCUUAUGCCUGGUUGUAGUGGAUGCUGUCCCCUAUUCAAAAUAUGGAAGAACUUGUCAAGACAUUGGCUGCUUAUCUGAUGAACAAUGCAUUAUAGCUGAAGAUCCAUGCAGUUUUCCACGUGAUAAUAAUUGUGGUCGUUAUCCAAAAUGUGAGAAACGUUCAGGAGCUGGAACUCAAGAGCCUGAAAAUCAUGACACAAAAGAUAUGCAGAGUCAUCAACAUCCAGUGAGUCAUGUAGAGCCAUCAGCACCUAGCAAACCAUCUUCGAAUGGAUAUCCUGCUGGUUCUGGGUAUCCUGCAAGCAAUGGAUAUCCUGGAUAUCCUUCAGAGUCAUCAAGAAAGUCUACUUCAGCUCCAGUUCAAUCAAGUUAUCCAGUAGGCUCAGGAUAUCCUUCUUCCAGCAAUUCUGGUUAUCCAGCAGGAUCUGGCUAUCCUUCCAGUAAUUCUGGUUAUCCUGCAAGUUCAGGGUAUCCUUCUUCAGGUAGUUCUGGCUAUCCAUCAUCAGGAGAUUCGAAAUAUCCAUCAGGGUCUGGUUAUCCAUCAUCAAGUAACUCGGGCUAUCCUUCAGGAUCUGGAUAUCCAUCAUCAGGCAGCUCAGGUUAUCCAGGAUAUUCUUCAGGGUCAGGCUAUCCUUCAUCAGGAAGCUCAGGCUAUCCAGGAUACCCAUCAGGGUCAAGUUAUCCUAAUAAUCCCGCAAGAAAAACCACUUCUAAUACUGUCAAUUCAGGUUAUCCAAGCUCUGGUGGAUAUCCUCAAAGUGGAUACCCUCAAGGUGGAUAUCCUCAAGGUGGAUAUCCUCAAGGUGGAUACCCUCAAGGUGGAUAUUCUCAAGGUGGAUAUCCUCAGAGUGGUUAUCCUCAGGGUGGAUAUCCUCAAGCGGGAUAUCCUCAAGGUGGUUACGCUCAAGGAGGAUAUCCAUCAGGUGGUUACGGACAAGGUCAAUAUGGAGGACAGUAUCCCCCUAAUAAUCAGCCAAAGAAACCUACUAUUACUGAUAGGAUCUCUGAUUUUGCUAAGAAUAUAGCUACUCAGUAUCUUAGUCAAACAAUAAGAGACAAAUUAUCAGGAAAACAAUAAAUAGUAUAAUUGAGUAAUCAAAUAAUAAUAUCAGGGCAUAGUUUUAGUUAAAAUAAUUAAUCAAACACUUUUUUCUUUUUAUCAGUCAAUUAUUUUAAAUACUCAAGAGAUAUCCAUGACUAUUAGUAAU